UCUACCUGGGGCUCAUUAGAGCUGUUCUUUUGCGCGGGGUUGCUGGUCCUCUAUCGGACGCGUGCCAGGUGGCGGAUAGGUUAGGUUCCUAGAAAUAGGUGGUAUCGAGGAAAUCAAAUACUCGACGCGGACCAAAACCAGCAAACAAGAAUCAUCCAUCAUGAGCGAUUGUAAAAACGAGGAAGAGUACCUGCGGGGUAAUGCUACGGCUAAAUCCCUCACUGGUUCCGAUCGUCAAGCGCUUUCGAGCGUGAGGGCGGUGGCCAGUGGCCCAAGGAUGCAGGAGGGCAACAACACGUUGGUAGUGCCACAGAUCAUCGUGGACAGGUCGGAGAGACAAGGGAGUACGAGCAGCGUGACGAGUCAAGCCAGCUGCAUUUCUGUCUUCAGUAAUGACUCGGCAAAGGACAUUGCAAGCUGCAACCAAGAUCGAGAUGAAUGCAUUAAGCUGCGGGAGGAAGAGGCAACAUGCAUUCUAGCAAUGGAGGAAGAGGUUAACAAGAUGAUGAAGUCCUGCGAGGUCCAGAAGAAUGUCAAUAUGGCAAUCAAGGACGGACUCAAAAGCAUGAAAUCGCUCAUACAGGAGAUUAAGGAGAAGCACGUAGCAGCUACGAAAAAGGAUGAGAGUCUCUACCAGGGAUUGACUUGGUCGGAAGAGGCCAGACAGGAUCGUAGAGUUAGACGAGAUCGCUGUAACGCGAUCGUGUUGAGAAACGUCGUCUUGGAUGCUCAGAAGCGAAAGAGAAGUGAUCCUGAGCUUGCGAAGGAUCCAAAAAGGAAAAGGGAGGAGGGACCUCCUAAAAGAUCCAAAGGCAAGGAGAUGAAAACGGCACCAAAGACAACUUCAGAUAAGAAGGGAAGAGCCACAAUGGUCGUCAAAGUGGCUGAAGGAACUACCUUUGCCGAGGUGCUGGCGAAGGUUCGAAAAGAGACUGACUUGGAGGCCAGCCAGACAGGGGUUGUGGGAGCUGUACCCACUAAAAAGGGAGACCUCCUCAUUAAAAUUAGGGGGUCUUCGAACAGGAAGUUGUUCACCGAGGAGGUGACAAAGGUGAUCGGCGAUCUAGGUAAGGUGCAGAUGGCGGAUCGGCAGACUGUGCUGGAGAUCCGCGACAUGGACACCCUUACCGAACAGGAGGAUGUCAAAGAAGCCCUGGACAAACUAUCUACGGUGCCAGCAGGAAGCAGGAAGGUGACGGUCCUCGGACCAAAUAAGCGAGGUAUUAAGCUCGCUGUCGUGGUCACCUCCCAAGAGGACGCUAACAAGCUGGAGAAGAUAGGGCACAUUAAAAUCGGUUUUGUGUCCUGCAGAAUAAGUAGAAGAGUUAUGGUCACAAGGUGCCACAGGUGCCUUGGCUAUGGCCAUAUAGGUCGAGACUGCCAAGCAGUAGAUAGGUCGGCUGCGUGCUUCAAGUGCGGAGAAGCCGGCCAUAAGGUAGCAGAUUGUAAGAAGAGCCCAUGCUGCUUCUUAUGCAAGGCGAAGUUCGGCGAAAAGGAGAACAUCCAACACGUCGCUGGAUCAGGUUGGUGCAAGGUCUUCAGGACUGCCUUAGAGGAAGCUAAGAAGACCCUGUCAAGAACAAGGAGAAAAUAAUGGCCAGAAGAAGAGCGGCACGGAAGAGUCGCGCCAGCGACUAAAUGGGACCAUCCAUCUGCGAAGUCUGAAGCCGAAAGGUAGUUCCGUAGGUGGAUAGAAGGUUCGAAACCCAGGGGAAUUAAGAAGAGGUUUUAGUCGGUAUUGUGACUCCCGAAAAGCAGGUAUGUGAGGUUUCUUUUUUUCCUUGCAUUUUGUGCGAGUCCGACAUACCCCAGGUAAGUGAGAU